AUGCAGGCAACCCUAGUGAUACUUGGUACAGCACUCUCUUUGCAGGAUGCCGAUCAUGUGUACUCGGCUGUUGGCAAACUCACCAACUUUACAAGAAUAACGGACUUCCCACAAUUCGACGAGGAGGAUGUGAGCAAGAUGCUCUCGGAGCUCGUCGACAUGUCAGACUAUGAAAUCCCGCCUGCCAAGCGGCGCAGGCUAUCAGGGCGAGCCCGGUUUUCCAUUGGUAUCAUCAACCGCCUCAUCGCAACCGGCUCUAUCCAGAACUCCAAGCAAGUAACUCUGGAGAACGCCAUUAAUUACGCAAUUGCGCAUGUGAUGAGUGGACUCCGGAGUGGGGUACGCACUAUUCUCGAGAGCGACAAAACAGGCGAGGCAGCCCGGCUUCUAUGUCGAAUGGUCUUGGCCUAUCACCUCCAAGAUGCCAGAAUAUCGUUCUCGAGCCACCAGCAGGCCGACUUUGUGGACAAAGCCUUGUGUAGACUGCGACCACAUCCUGAUGGCAUUCAUUUGGUGAUGGACGAGCUAAUGGUGGUUGAGGCGGUGGAGGAGGAGCUAAAGGCUUUAGACAAGGAUCCCGAGUUCUCGGAGUAUCUGAAUCAAUUCUACCAGAUUGUCACCAACUUUGGCGUGGCUUCAACCUCAAAGGGGGAUGCACUGGAACCACUUGUCCGCCGAUCACUUCAGCGCUUCAAUGGUCUACGUCUCGUGGAUCGUCCUUUCCUCCAAGGCAUCGCCUUGCCCAAGUGGUGCGACAAUCUCAGGCUUCAAAUCGACGGGAUCAACACGGCCAAUGGAUUUGGAUAUACCGACAGUGGCGUUGCCUCCGAUCUUGCCUUUCUCACCGACCGUCCUCCGAACAAGAUGCUUAUUGCCAAGUAUGGCACACGUCCGGAUGGAGCUUGGUUUUUCUCUGACAAACAGUACGCCGGCUCUCUUGCAAUCAAGUUCUACAGCAGCUCUGUGCCCCGGAAGACGCAUAAGGAUAAUGAGACCUCAAGCGACAUUCGAAGUUGCUUCUUACAAAAGGACGGUACUACCUUGAACUCAACCUUGGCAAACAUUCGACGCGACUUUGUAGCUUCGGGUACUCCUUCCGACCUCAAGGGUAUCCUCCGCAUCCACCUCGAGUUCCCUGACGUCCAGUACGGUAUGCCAGCUACCCAUGUCUUGACAGACCCUAUGACCGGCGACCAGGAUGUGAUGGUGUAUAUCAAUCUUUCGAACAUGGACGAUUUUUUCUUUGAGGGCAUCUCAGAGCACAAGGACGAUAUGGUCCGAUUGAAAAAGGUCAUUGGACUUGUCUGCAAGAAAUAA